GCAGAGGUUACAAGAAGCAGCACAUGCAGCGUUGCACAACCCCAGGCUUUCCAGACGGCAGCAAGCCACGUUGCGCACAGCCAGCCUACUGCAGCACAGCACUCGGUAGGGCUGCCACCCACCUGAUCAGGCUGCCCACGGCCUCGUCCCACCUGGCCUCGGUACUUAGGGGAGCACAACACCUUUGGGCCACAGCGCUAUGCACACGCAGGACUCAUUUCAUCAUGACUUCUUUUGAAGAAGAUGAAACUGAAGAAACAGCAACAUGCCUCCACAUGACGUUUUACCAUCCAUGCCAACAAGACAAGAUGAUGUUUCGUUGCUUGAAUUUCUGUAAGCGAGAACAGGUCAGGGCAGAUGAAACGGCCAAGUUUGGCCGAGAUUCUAAUGUCUGCCAUUAUAACUUAGUGGAUACUCGUGUUUCUCGGAUCCAGUUUUCGCUGCAGUUCUACAGAAAACUUAACAGCUCAGAAUUUUGUUUUGAGAUAAAGAACAUGAGCAAGAAAACAAAGCUGACUGUGGACCAAACAGAAUUGGGUUACUUAAACAAAACUGACCUGCCAUGGAAGUGCAUCAUUUGCUUUGGGGACUACCAGAUUUUAGCAGAGAUUCAAGAAGGAGAGGCCAUGGAUUAUUUUGAGACUCACUUACACUUGGCUAAAGUGCCAAUCCUACAAGAAAGGUGCCUGCCAUCGCUGCAGCCCAUACCUGAGAAAGGCAUUUGCCCUUCCUUGUCUCCUUCUCAAGGCAAAAGCCCCAUAGAGAUUGAUGAAAAUGAGCCAUGCUAGCAGCGAGGAGGAGGCUGGAUGAGUUUUUGAACACGUGAAACCUACACAACUUCAUCUCAACCUACUGUGUCAAAUGGUUCUCACUGCUGUACAUCAGUCCCCUUACUCACUAUUUCCCGUACAGACAUACCAAGGUGUCUUGAUCUAACUACUGGAGGAGAUGGUCCAACAUAUAUAGUCCUGAAGGAAGAUUAAGGCAGCAAGAGGCCAAAUGCUGCCAACUGAUUUAUUACUCUUGGAUGGGCGCCGCUGGACAAGCUUUGAGCCAAAAUUUUUUCCAGCUUCUCACACCAGUACAUUACUUUGUUGAACAGAAACAGCAUGUCUGACACCAUGUUUAUUGGGGCAUACAUGCCCUCUGUUCAUCACAUAAACAUGUGAGAGACAUUUAAGGGCCGCUGAAGUCCAUGGCAGCAUAUUCAAUUCAAAACUGUGAUGGCAUGCCUAGAAAGUAUAUUUAGCAGGCAUUAAUAUUUUAUGCAGGCACAACAAUGUCUUAGCCCCAGCACUGGUUAGCUAAGGAGGGGUGUCACGUCUCACCGCAUUUGUUAUACUUUGUGUUUUGCUUUUGACAUUAAAUUCUGAACAGUAUUUUCAAGCCUAGGUUGUAACUUCCCAGAUUUUACAACUUAGAAACUUUGUAAGCAUAGCAUUUUUAAGUUAAUGUUUUUACUAACUUUGCAGAGAGAUUUUUCUAACAUUUUUAAAUAGAUGAAAAUACGUACUUUUUGCAAGCAAGCUGUUUUUGUUUGUGAAUGUAAAUAAACAUAUAAAGUUA